UCUCAUAGAUAUUAAACAGUUUUAUAUCUCUGAAUAUUACACGUACUUCCCAGAGAGAGUCAGCUGAAUAACUUUAAUAUUAGUUUAUUUAGAACAAACUCCUGAAAUAUUCUGCAGUCAUGGACGAGUCGGCGUUGGAGAGCUACUUUGAUAAAUUCAUUGCAAAUUUGCACUUCAAGAUGGAGACGGAGGAUGAAGAGGAGGAGAAGGAGGAAGAGGAGGAGGAUGACGAGGAGGAGGCGUUCUUCAGGUUACUGCCUGAUGAGCUCCUGACGUUGUACCAGAAGGUCACAGAAACACCAACCAGACUGAGUAGAACUGUGUUACCAGACAGCAUCACCCGUCAGAAACACAUCUCCCAGAAUCCCACAGGAGGGUCGACCAUGCUGGAGCUGGUUCGACCCGUGAGACCCGAGACGCCGGUGACACAGCAAGCAGAACUCAUCCCACGGAUACAGAACGUGGUCUCUACGGUGGAUCUGGGCUGUACUCUUGACCUGCACUUCAUCGCUCGCAAGGCGUGGAACGUAGAGUACAAACCACAGGUUUACCAGGGCCUCAUCAUGAGGAUCCGGGAGCCGCGGGCCACAGCGCUGAUCUACAAAUCUGGGAAAGUUGUCUGUACGGGAGCCAGGAGCGCCGAGCAGUCCAGACUGGCGGCCAGGAAGUUCGGCCGCAUCGUGCUGAAGGUGGGCUUCCCGGUCCACUUCAGGAACUUCAAGAUCUGCAACAUGAUGGCCAGCUGCAGAACCUUCCCGGUCCAGUUGGAGAACCUGGCCCUCCGGGAGCCCUGCAGGUCAGGAGACACUGGCGGGUUACAUCUGAAUUUACGAACCGGAGCUGUUUCCUGGCCUCUUCUACAAAGGUGUCGCUGGGAUCUCUGUGAGGAUCAACGCAUCUGGGAAAGUUUCUUUCAUCGGAGGUCGAAGUGAAGCUGAGAUCCUCAGAGCGUUUGAUGUCGUCCGUCCGAUCCUGAGCCGCUACAGGAGGUCUGUCCGAUCCUGAGCCGCUACAGGAGGUCUGUCCGAUCCUGAGCCGCUACAAGAGGUCUGUCCGAUCCUGAGCCGCUACAGGAGGUCGGUCCGAUCCUGAGCCGCUACAGGAGGUCUGUCCGAUCCUGAGCCGCUACAGGAGGUCGGUCCGAUCCUGAGCCGCUACAGGAGGUCUGUCCGAUCCUGAGCCGCUACAGGAGGUCUGUCCGAUCCUGAGCCGCUACAGGAGGUCGGUCCGAUCCUGAGCCGCUACAGGAGGUCUGUCCGAUCCUGAGCCGCUACAGGAGGUCUGUCCGAUCCUGAGCCGCUACAGGAGGUCUGUCCGAUCCUGAGCCGCUACAGGAGGUCGGUCCGAUCCUGAGCCGCUACAGGAGGUCGUGAAGAGAGACCAACUCUGGCAGCAGCUCCGGUUCAUUUAAAACUAAAGUAAAACAAAUAAACGGGUUGUUUCUC